AUGUCGUCACAAAAUAAAAAACAAGAUGUUAUGUUUGAAGAUGAUGAUCUGCCAUAUGAAGAGGAGAUCAUCAGAAAUCCAUAUUCAGUCAAGUGCUGGAUGCGUUACAUCGAGUUUAAACAGAAUGCUGACAAAUCCGUGCUCAAUAUGAUCUAUGAACGAGCUCUAAAAGAGCUACCUGGCAGUUAUAAACUAUGGUACAAUUAUCUGAGGGAGAGGAGAAAACAAGUCAAGGGCAAAUGCAUAAAUGAACCAGUGUAUGAAGAAAUCAAUAACUGUCAUGAAAGAGCGUUAGUAUUCAUGCACAAGAUGCCUAGGAUAUGGACGGAUUAUUGUCACUUCCUAGUGUCGCAGUGUAAGAUCACUAGGAGCCGGCGGACAUUUGACCGUGCACUCCGAGCUCUUCCAGUUACUCAGCAUCCACGCAUCUGGCCCAUAUAUCUUCGCUUUGUCCGAAGCUUGCCUUUGCCCGAGACGGCCAUUCGAGUCUACCGACGAUACCUCAAGCUUUCUCCAGAGAAUGCAGAAGAAUACAUUGAGUACCUUAAGUCUGUUGGACGCUUGGAUGAAGCUGCUGUGCGUCUAGCGGCUGUUGUCAAUGAUGAAAGCUUUGUGUCAAAAGAAGGCAAAUCUAACUACCAGUUGUGGCACGAGUUGUGCGACCUGAUUUCUCAGAACCCCGAUAAGGUGACUUCUUUAAAUGUGGGCGCCAUCAUCCGAGGCGGGCUUACUCGCUUUACCGAUCAGCUUGGCAAGCUUUGGUGCUCUUUAGCAGAUUAUUACAUCAGGAGUGGGCUUUUCGAAAAGGCUCGCGAUGUGUAUGAGGAGGCCAUUCUUACGGUGGUCACCGUCCGGGAUUUCACCCAAGUCUUUGACAGUUACGCUCAGUUUGAAGAAAGCAUGAUCGCAGCCAAAAUGGAGACCACUUCGGAGAUGGGCCAGGACCCAGAUGAUGACAUUGAUCUGGAGCUUCGACUCGCCCGCUUUGAGGAGCUGAUAGCGCGGCGACCUCUUCUUUUGAACAGUGUACUGUUGCGCCAGAACCCCCACAAUGUCCACGAGUGGCAUAAACGUGUAAAGUUGUAUGAGGGGACUCCAAGGCAGAUUAUCAACACAUACACUGAGGCAGUGCAGACUGUCGAUCCCAUGAAAGCCACCGGAAAACCACACACGCUCUGGGUCACUUUUGCUAAAUUCUACGAGGAAAAUCAACAGCUGGAUGAUGCCAGGACCAUCUUUGAAAAGGCCACCAAAGUGAACUAUAAGCAAGUAGAUGACCUGGCCGCAGUGUGGUGCGAAUAUGGAGAGAUGGAGCUGCGGCAUGAGAACUAUGAACAGGCAUUGAGGAUACUUAGGAAAGCAACAGCCAUCCCGUCCAAGAAGGCGGAGUAUUUUGAUGCUUCUGAGCCGGUCCAAAACAGGGUCUACAAGUCUUUGAAGGUCUGGUCCAUGUUGGCUGACUUGGAAGAGAGUCUUGGCACCUUUCAGUCUACAAAAGCAGUAUAUGAUCGCAUUAUUGACCUGCGCAUCGCCACGCCGCAGAUCGUCAUCAACUACGCCAUGUUCCUCGAAGAGCACAACUACUUUGAAGAGAGCUUCAAAGCGUACGAGCGCGGCAUCGCCCUCUUCAAGUGGCCGAACGUUUACGACAUCUGGAACACUUACCUCACCAAGUUCAUCGAUCGAUACGGAGGCAAAAAACUGGAGAGGGCAAGAGAUCUAUUCGAGCAAGCCCUCGAUGGCUGUCCUGCCAAAUUUGCCAAGACGAUCUACCUGCUGUACGCCAAGCUGGAGGAGGAGUACGGCCUAGCACGUCACGCUAUGGCGGUUUACGAAAGAGCAACAGAGGCGGUAGAAAAUGAGGAGAGACACCAGAUGUUCAAUAUCUACAUCAAGAGAGCAGCUGAAAUUUACGGCGUCACUUACACCAGGGCCAUUUACCAGAAGGCGAUUGAGGUACUCCCUGAUGAGCAUUCCAGAGACAUGUGCUUGCGAUUCGCCGACAUGGAAAGCAAACUGGGUGAAAUCGAUCGGGCUAGGGCCAUUUAUUCCUACUGCUCCCAGAUCUGUGACCCAAGGGUUACAGCUACAUUUUGGCAGACGUGGAAGGAAUUUGAGAUCCGUCACGGAAACGAGGACACCAUAAGAGAAAUGCUCCGAAUUAAGCGCAGCGUCCAGGCGACGUACAACACUCAGGUUAACUUCAUGUCGUCCCAGAUGCUGAAAGCCACAACGAGCUCUACAGGAACUGUGUCGGAUCUCGCUCCAGGCCAGUUGGGAAUUGACGACAUGAAAAUGUUGGAGCAGAAAGCGCAGCAGCUCGCGGCAGAGGCAGAGCUGGAUAAACCCAAGCCAAAAGAAAAGAUUCUUUUCAUUAGGAGCGACGCAUCUCGCAGUGAGUUGGGCGAGCUCGCCAAACAAGCGAAUCCCGAUGAGAUCGAUAUUGACGAUGAGGAUGAAGAUGACGGGCAAGGCCCAGAGGAGGUACAACUGGAACAGAAGAGUGUUCCCACUGCUGUGUACGGAGGCCUGAUAGAUGAUUGA